CGCAACAUGAGCGCCAGUGUUCAGACGCAUUACGUACAGAUGUUUCCAGUUCGUCCUGUCUUCGUCCUCUUUGGUAAGUUUGAAUGAAUUUAAAUUAUACAUCCAUGUAAUUUACUAUGACUUGUUAAAUAAACCAGAGUAGUUGUUUGACGCGGUGGUCGAUGAAAUACUUAAAUGUGCGCAUUUUCUGACAGAAUCUGUUUACUUUCCGGAACAAUUAAAUGUUAAAUAUUGUGUAGAAAUACUUUGUCGUUAACAUUUUGGAGCGUUUAUACAAAACUAUAAAUGAAACAUUGUUCUUUUAAUCAGACGGCACCCAAAGACGUAUACUUAUAUAACAACAGACACACCCCCUAAUUUGUACACGUUGUGAAGAGUUGUACAUGGCCAGUAAUGUCAAUUAAUUGAGGUUUACAGCAUUGAUAUGUGAAUAAAUUUAAUCUAUAUUUGUAUACCACUAUUUGCUAAACGAAUAGGAAGCAUAGAUCAUCUGAAAAAAUGUGUGACAAUUAUUGCUGAGAAAAAGAACAAAAAAAGGGAAAAAUCUUUUUUUUUUUUUUUUUUUUUACCACUUUUGUCUAAUGGUUCACACCUCGUAUCAAAUUAAUCAAAAUGAUAAAUUCAACAUUUAUAUUUUUUUGAGACAAGGUCUGAUAUUUGAAAAAUAUUUUUCAUGUAGUGAAACAUCCUUUUAAUGCAGGAAUUGACCGCUGGUCAACAAUACAUAUUAGGGAUGUCCCAAUCGCAAAUUUUUGCACCAGAGUUGGAGUCAGCCCAUUUUGAGAAUCUGCCGAUACCGAAAAAGAAAAAAAGUAUAAAUCUUUUUUUUAUUUGAACAAAACUUCCAAACAUGUUACAUACAGUACUGAAUUGUUUACAGUACUUUCUCCUCCUCUUUUUCGGGGAGUGUAGCAGAGGAUAAAACCAUAAACUUUAUAAUGUAUUGACGGGACACAGGGCCGCUAAAUAGGGGGCCUGCAUUGUUGGCGAGGCCGCCAAAGCUGACCGAGUGGAAUCACAGAGUUUUUUUCCUUGAACAUUCUUGUGAAUAAAUGCUUAAAUCCCAGAAUUCUUUAUAGAUAUGGAUGUAAAACAGUCUCAAUUCUUGGUUAAAAGCAAAAAAAAACACACAAAAAAAACCAUGCAGUUAGUAUUUAUUUUAGGUAAAUAUGUCGAAGUGCAAUUUUAGUCUGUUAGUGAAUGUAGCUAGCAGCCGCCUUUUGUAAACGGAGCUUUUCCAGUGAAAAUUCUUGUGAAUAAAUGCUUAAAUCCACGAAUUCUUUAUAGAUAUGGACGUAAAACAGUCUCCAUUCUUGGUUAAAAGCAAAAAAAAAAAAAACAACAAAAAAAAAAACGUGCAGUUAGCAUCUAUUUUACGUAAAUAUGUCGAAAAACAAUGCUAGUCUGUUAGUGAAUGUAGCUAGUGGCUGCCUUAUGUAAACAGAGCUUUUCCAGUGAAAAUUCUUGUGAAUAAAUGCUUAAAUCCCCUAAUUCUUUAUAGAUAUGGACGUAAAACAGUCUCGAUUCUUGGUUAAAAGCAAAAAAAAAAAAAACGUGAAGUUAGCAUUUAUUUUACGUAAAUAUUGCGAACUAUGGUACCAGUGCAGUAGCGGCUAAUUUCUCCCAUUGCUUUUUGAUCACGUUUCAAAAUGCAUGCAUGGUACGAAAAAUAUAAUAAUUACCUUGAAUCCUCGAACAAUCACUCCUGAGACAAUCCUUCCUGUUUGUAUGCGGUACAGCUUUCAUACUUUUUCAACAGAAAUCUGGCAUUAGAUUUCUGUGUGCAUGUGUUUGUGAAUAGCUCCUCUUGAUGUGGGGGACCCCCUACUUGAAUGCAAGGCGCAGUGCAUGACCGAUCUGACCCAACAAUACCAUUAUGAAGUGUAUGGAUAAAACAUAUAUAUUUUUGUUUCCUUUGGCAAUGUCGUAUUUCUGGAUGAUUUUGUUACUUUUUAGCUCUUAAAAAAUCAAUUAAUAAGUGUACUGUCCAAAACAGUGCCUUUCCUUGUGCACUGCCCGACAGCCAGCUAAUAUUGUAUGUCCUUCAAUAAAACACAAUGCUUGGUUUUGUUUUUAUAUGAAGUAAUUUGUUUAAGUUUGUGAAACUGUAACAAAGAAAACUGUAUGCCAGUACACAAAUACCAUGUAGGUUAGCCUCCAUACAGCAGGACCUAAUGAAUUUCAUUCAUAUAGCUUUUCCCCAUAAACACACAUAUAGUGAGGAGCAGAAGUAUUUGCACCCCUUGUGAUUUUGCAAGUUCACCCACUUGGCGACUCUAGCCAGCACAAUAAAGUUUUAUUACCGUAUUGGCCCGAAUAUAAGACGGUCCUGAUUAUAAGACGACCCCCUCUUUUUCAAGACUCAAGUUUGAAAAAAGACUUUUUGAACACCAAAUUCAUUUUUAUACAGAAAAUAAUUACAGUAAAUUUGAAGCAAAUGAUUAUAACAAUAUAUCUGAGAGAAAAAGGAUGUUAUUUUGCCUCAUUCAAAUCUUAAUAUCUGAACAUAUAAAUAUGUAAACUAAAGUGCAAUCACAUUUGUAAAUGAAUGGCUUCUGGUUUUUGAAAUGUAAAGAAACCAAUCUAUUGUGAUAAAACAACAAAAUUGCAAUAACAUCAUUAACCAUCAAAGUGAAGUCUAACUGUAACUGUAGUCUUGAAACAAAUCUGAAUAAGGAAAGGCAUUGCAAUAAAAUAAUGCAAACUGGUUAAACUUGAGAGUAGCUGAGAUCUUUCAUGACAGAACAUCGCUUCAAUGAUAUCUGGCGCCAUCUAGCGUCGUGAAUGGGUAUAACGUCUAGAAUGCGAAUAUAAGACGACCCCCACUUUUUCAGUCUUAUUUCAAUGCAAAAAACAAAAAACAGUCUUAUAUUCGGGCCAAUACGGGUAUUAUUAUAUACAGUAUAUAACAUAAAUUAAAUCCGAUCUUCGGAAAAAUGGCCUGAUUUCCGAUCACAUGAUAGGGACAUCCCUAUCACAUAUGCUUUGGUUCAUAAUCUUUUUGGCAGCAUCGUUAUCACUGUUGGUUUGUUAGAGACGAAUACCUCACUCAAAAAUAUACAAUCGAUUGUCCUGAUCCAUUGUUUCUGGCUCUGUUCUGUUUGUGUCAGGAUUUUGGUCCUGGAGGACAAUGGAGAUAGAUGGUUGCCUUUCAGACGCUUGCAAACUCCAGAAAAGAUCAGUUUUGUAGGUCAAAUGGUGAAGUUCACAAAGCGGAGAUGCUUAAAAUAUCAUCAACUACAUCAACUGCUAUUGAACUCGCAACUGAAGCCAAAAAAUGGUGACACUAAGGAGGAAGGGAUGCUAUAUCAAGGGAGAUGUUAUGUGUACCAUGCUUCUUCUGCUGCUCUUCUUCCUGUUGCUCUACUUGCGACAGGUCCUUUUGUCCUCUGAGUGGGAUAAAUCAGCUUGGAAGCUGGAAAUCUUCCGCCCCACCACCUCCAGUCGGACCUUGCUUGGAACUGACGAAGCCAGAGUGGCAAAGGAGUCCCCACCAUCUCCAGUCAGCCGCUCUAAACCUCAUCUACCUCCAUGUGAACCCAAGUCAAAACGCCCUCAGCCCAAGUCCAAAGUUCAGUCUAAAUCCAAAGGAAAGACGAAGUCCCGACAGAAGAAAGUCACUCCGACCAAGACCAGUGUUCCUCUUCCAACACUACCACUGUUUGACUUUCCGGGCUAUCUGCGAGAGAAGGAUAAGCGCAACUUCCAGUUGCUCAUAGAUCAACCUAGGAAAUGUCAGCCGGAAGGGUCCAAAGGAGCUGGACAAAGCCAUGAGCUGUACAUGCUCAUUGCAGUGAAAUCUGUCGCUGCAGAUUUUGAUAAGCGGCAGGUGGUACGUAGGACCUGGGGUAAAGAAACAAAAUCCAUCCGCACCGUCUUCCUCUUGGGGGUCCCCAAGAAUCGCACUGCGCUGCCACUGUGGAAUCAGCUGCUGACCUACGAAAGUCAAACUUUUGAGGACAUCUUGCUGUGGGAUUUUGAAGACACCUUUUUCAACCUGACACUGAAGGAAAUACACUUUCUGGAAUGGAUCAACCACACCUGCCCUCAAGUCAAGUUUAUCUUCAAAGGGGAUGCUGAUGUUUAUGUAAACGUGGACAACAUUAUGGAGAUGCUUCAAGAUGAAAAGUCAGACCAGGAUCUUUUUGUAGGGGAUAUUAUUGUCAAUGCCAAACCCAUUCGUCGACGCUCUUCAAAGUACUAUGUGCCAGAGUUUGUGUACGGCAGCGCUUUGUACCCAUCAUAUGCUGGGGGAGGGGGGUUCGUCAUGUCUGGAUAUACAGCUCGGAGACUAAGCGCCUCCUGUCAACAGGUGGAGCUAUUCCCCAUCGAUGAUGUCUUUCUGGGAAUGUGCCUCCAGCUUAUCGGUAUCAAGCCAUCGCGCCACCAAGGUUUUCGGACUUUUGGCAUUCCCCGUCCAUCAGCAGCGCCUCACCUUCAGACAUUCGACCCGUGUUUUUACCGGGAGCUCAUGGUGGUUCACAGCCUUAGUGUGCCCCAGAUAUGGCUCAUGUGGAACCUGCUGCAUGACCCCAAACUGAGCUGUCACAACAGGACCCGACCAACAUCAACAGCCUUCAAAUGGAAGAUAGGAAAGUCAGGAAAAGAGACUGAGACUGACUAUGAUGAGAAGAGAGUGUUUGUCACACAUGAUUAACUUCCUGAAAGGAAGAUACACUGUUGAGUUAAAAGAGACAGGCUUUGUGGUCAUCUUGAAUAGCUCAAAAAUGCAAAGCACACGAGUCAAUGACACAUCUGUCAAGCUGGCAGACUAGCAAAAUGAAGUGAAAAUAGAUGGCUUGAAUUUUUUUGUUUCUUUGCCCUAAGAAGUACUGGUAACCAAAGAAGGAUUUGCGCUUUUAAUAUUCAAUGUGACAUCAUUGUCGCAAAUGAUUGCUGUCACUAGGAUGGUAUGAAACAAUCUUCAAUGUAUUAGAAAUUGGCUGUCCUUGUUUACUCAUACACAUGCAAUGCUAAAAUGUAUGACAAAAUAUGGUUUACUUUAUUAAACUUGUGUUUAAAUUUG